AUGACCAUCCGCUGGAUCGACGACGCCGACGCAGCCUGGUCGUUUGGAGCCGGCUGGGCGCAGUUCCGCAACGCUACUCCUGUCAGCCCUGGCCAAGAUUGGUUCGACGGGACGUUCUCGAGUUGCGACCUCGCUCGCGGCGCGACCAACUGUACGGCGCAGUUCACCUUCUACGGUUCCGCCGUCAACGUGUACGGCGACUACUGGGCCACGCAGGGCCGCUUCUUCUGCUAUGUCGACGCGGCCGAGCUGCACUGGUAUGACGCGUCAAGGGCGCUCGAGGCGACCGCCGGCUCGGUCAACGUCUCGCGCUGCGCCGUCACGGGCCUGUCGCUCGGGAACCACGUCCUGACGAUUGGCCAGACCGGCGCCGACGCCAACAACGCCGGCAUCAAGGUCGAUUUCGCAGUGUCGGACGACGCGCUCAUGUCGGCAGAGACGCUGCGGUGGAGCAGCGGGUUCGUCGACGCCGCGCCCGGCUCGCUCGGCGUCACUGCCAACGCCUCGUCCUCCUCGGCGCCGGCGGCGUCGAGCACCUUGAGCACGUCUGCCUCGUCAACCUUGAGCUCGUCGGCUCAGUUCGGCGGGAGCAGCUCGUCGACCACGUCAUCCUCGUCGCUCCCUUCUGCCGACCCGACCGGCGCCUCGAGCGGCGGCGGUACUAGCAGCGCAUCUACAGUCGGCGUCGGCGUCGGUGUCGGCGUGGGCGUCGGUGCCGCCGCACUUGUUGCCCUCGGCGGCCUCCUCAUGUACCGUCGACGCCGCCGCGCUCACAGCGAGUACGGCACGUCGUACGCGCCGUCGAUCAUGACGUCUGCCGGCACUCCUGGGCCCUCGAUGCAGCCCGGACGCAGCCCCGUCGAUGGCCAGAGCGCCUUUGUCCCGCACAGCGAGCGCGCCAUGUCGACCUACGGCAGCUAUCCCGAGGUCCAGGACGACUCGGCCAAGCCGUACGCCGCACUCUCGUCCAGCUCUCCCUCCGACAACGCCGCCUAUGCCCUCUCGCCGACGCUCGACAGCCCUCAGUCGUUCCGGCCUCGCACGUAG